AUGGCAUCUCCUUCAUCGUCUCUGCUUGCCAAUACAUCCAGCAAUGCCGUCAGCGGCCUGUUGGGCAGCGCGGCCCAGCUUCUCAACAUCCUAGGGAUCAACAACUCAUCUCACAACUCUGGCGGUGAAGGUGGACAACUGCUUGUCACGAGCCUCGCGAGUGCCUCCGCCAUCGCCGUCGUCCUCGCGUUGCUCGUCCACCGUCUCAGCACCCCGCGCCUCGAUCCGCGCGAGCCGCCGCUCCUCAAGCCCACCAUCCCGCUCGUCGGCCACAUCAUCGGCCUGAUCCGGAACGGCGUCGACUUCUUCGUAACGCUCCAGCCCGCUUCGGCCAGCAGCACAGGGGCACGGCCACCACUGGCCAUCGCCACCUUGCCCAUGCUCAGCGGCAAGUCCUAUGCUCUGUGGUCCCCGACGCUCGUCCAGCAGGCUCUGCGGCACAAGAACCUCACCUUUGACGAGCUGAGCAUCAGUUUCGCCGCGCGCAUGUUUGGCGCCACCAAGGAGUCCACCGACAUAUUGCGCAGCCACGUCGGCUCCGAGGACCACAACCUCACCGAACAGGUCAUGGCCGCCAUCAAGCCCGCCAUGAUGGGGCAGAAUCUCUUGAGGAUGAACCUCAGCGCGCUGAACUACGUGGCCGACCAGCUGAAUGCAGUCGGGGACGGCGAGCUCAACGUGGACAACGUGUACAUGUGGCUGAGAGAGUUGAUGACCAUGGCCACAGCAGAGGGCUUGUACGGACACCAGAACCCACUCCGCGAACAGCCCGAGCUCAGCCAUCACCUCUGGGAGUUCGAGGGCAACCUCCUGCCGCUCUUUCUGGGCGUGCUGCCCAGCGUCAUCGCGCGGACGGCCACGCAGAGCCGCGAGAUCGUGCAGGCGGCCCUGAUCAAGUUCUACGGCGAGCGGCGCGACGAGGCCGACGACGUGGCCGCCAUCACCAAGAUCCGCGCCCACUGGUCGCGCGAGGCCGGCAUGACCAACGACGACCUCAGCCGGCUCGAGGCCGCGCUGCCCUUUGUCGCCACGACCAACACGAUCCCCACGCUGUUCUGGUUCUUUGUCAACAUCUGGCUGCGGCCGGACCUGGUGGCCAAGCUGCGGGCCGAGGUCGCGCCGCUGGUCGAGUUCAUCGAGGCCUCUCCCUCGGAUCAUCAGAGAAAGAAGGAUACGGUUUACAAGAGAAAGGCAGUCUUGGACAUUGGCAGGCUGGAGCAUGACCUGCCCUUGAUGGUCAGCUGCUACCGCGAGUCCAUCCGCCUGGCCAACCAGGGCGUGGGCAACCGCUACGUCAUGAAGGACGCAGUCCUCACCGACCACGACGGCACGCAGUACCUACUCAAGCAGGGCACCUUUGCCAUGUGGGCCUCCAAGUCCCUCCACUACUCCCCGAGCAUCUGGGGCGCCGACGCCGACGAGUUCGUGCCCGACCGGUUCGUGCCCGCGGCCCAGGCCGCCGAGGACGGCUCGACGCGAGGGCUGUCGCCGGCGCAGGAGAAGCAGCGCAAGCUCGCGUACAUCCCGUUUGGCGGCGGCAGGCACCUGUGUCCCGGCCGGAACUUUGCCUUUGCGGAGAACCUGGGCUUCAUGGCCAGCCUGGUCAUGGGGUUUGAGGUCGAGGGCCUGGACGAGGGCAAGUACCAGAUGGGGACUUCGAAGAUGGGCGAGGCGGUCUGUAAGCCGGCGCCUGGCAAGCAGGCUGGGCCGAUCCGGUUGACGCGGAGGGCCGGUUGGGAGGACGUCGAGUGGGGGUUCAGGUGCUGA